AUGCCUAAGCAAGAAGUCUAUCGCCUUCGUUCCUUAGGAUGGGAGAGCGACCCAGAGGAGGAAAAGCUGAAGCUCUCUACCCUCGACUAUAUCUCGGUCAGCACCUACAACAACUAUUGCCUCUUCUUCAGGCUCGAUGAUGCUCUCAAACCCAGAGCUGUUCAAGUCCUCAAAGAAGGCCUCGAGCGGACGUUGAGUCAGGCCAGACACUUGGUUGGCAGAAUCGAAAGAGAUCCCGAGGGCGGCUACCACAUCUUGAGAAACAGGGACGACACGGUUGAGUUCCAUGUCCAAUGGCUCGAUGCCCCCGAGGACGCAGAAAAAUACCCAUCCAUCGACGACAUCCAGCGUACGAACUUCAGCACCGUGACUCUGGGCAAUCUCGAGCAAUGGAGUGUCUUGCCCAUGACAUAUGGAGAGAGGCCCGAGGCAAACAUCGAGGCCCUUCCCAUUGUGGCCGCUUUUAAGAUCAAUUUUGUCAGGGGAGGCUUGACAUUCCACAUGCACCAUCACCAUUUCACCAACGACGUGAUGGGUUGGUAUGGUUACGCGCGACAGAUAGCAGAGAACUGCAAUGCCAUCUUCAACAACACAUCAUUCCCACCCUGGGACCCCGCGGCCCUCAACCUCUCACGCCUAUGCAAGCCCCAGCCAUCGCCAGAUGCCAUGAUCACCGUACCUCCAGCACUAAAACGCCAUCCAGGCCAUAGCAAGGGCGUAUCACUGCUCUUCCACCUCCCCAAGAGCAAAGAAGCGAAGCUGAAGAACCUCUGCUCGCCCGCAGACGGCUUGGUCCCUUUCAUCUCCACCUACGACUGCUUCAACGCCUUCAUCUACCGCACCCUAACCCGUCUCCGCGCCCCCGUUUACAAUUACCCCUCCGACACCAAGCUCUUCUGGGGCGAAGCCAUCGACAUGCGUCGCCGUCUUCAGAACCCCAGACCCGCUCCCCGCCUCCGAGGCAACGUCAUGUUCUGCGCCCUCUCCACCAACUCUGCCGUCGAGCAACCGACACUCGCACAAGUAGCCUCCGAAUGGUCCAUAUCCAGGCUGGCGACCUACGUCCGCCAGAUGACGGACAGCGUGACGCCUGAGGCGCUGGACGCGGCGCUCGAGAUGGUGAAUAUAGUCAGCAACAAAGCAGAUCUGUGCCUGAGCGUGGACGGGACGCCCCCCAUGUCCGUUCUUCUGACCGAUCAUCGCGAUGCCUAUUUUGGAGAUGUGAGCUUUGGGUUUGGCACGCCCUUGGCGUACCGUCAUUUGGCGGAUAGGAUCACAAAUGGGCUGAUUAUAUUUUAUCCGCCGAGGGAUUUGAGCCCGGAGUCUGAUGAGGGGGUGGAGUUCAUUGUGUACUAUGAGAAGAGGUUGGCGAAGACGCUGAUUGAGGAUCCGGAGUGGUGCGAGUUUAUGGAGUAUAGGGGCGUGGAGGCUGAGGAUUCUGUGGUGAGGGAGGGUGAUGAGGAAGAUGAAGCGGCCAAGGUUGUCGAGAAGGUUAUAGUACAGGACGAUAAGAAGGGAUGGAUGGAGAGUGUGACGGUCGAGGAGGUGUUGCCUACGCCUCUGGCGUAA